UCCUGAAGGUGGGUUGACACCUGUACGGUCAGCACCUUGCGCAGUUUUGUUUCCAGGAACAGCCCCCAGCUGUGCGAGGUUUUAUGUCUGCUAUGGACUGAGAGUGGACAACAGCCUUAUGUGUGUCUGUGAGGACAAAGAGUACCGAAGUUGCUGCGGAAUACAAAACUUUCUGUGCGCCCUCAGAUUCUCUCCCAGAGAGGCUUCAAGUGAGAUUUACACAAGCAAGACUGGAUAGUGACACAUAGGUCCAGCACUAACGCACGUCUUCAUGCAAUGUCGAAGAGUGGCACAUGGCCAGGCAACGUUGCCAUGGAGUCAUUGAGUAACAUGGACAGUGCAGGGAGCUAUGACAGUGUAAUCAGCACAAUCUCUGCCUGGGUGAGUGGCGUUAGCGAGGAUAGUAUGGAGUACCUAUCUGCUGAAGAGAAGGCAUGUCUAAUGUUUCUGGAGGAAACAAUCGAAGCACUGGAAGUGCAGGAAGACAGUGGCUUAUCAAAUGACGAGCCAGACAUGUGGUCAAAGACUGAGACACAAGAUCAGAUAAGAAGUAAUGAUGUUCCCACUGAAAUGCUCAAAUCAGGAAGUCUCAGGAUAUCCACCUUAAGUCCCCACACAACAGCAGAUUCUCCAUCUGCUGGAUUAACCACAGAGUGUGGAACUGAGCAUCUCGCUGCAAAUCAAAACUCCAACCCACAAUCUGCUUCCACGUCUGCAGUCGGCAUGAAAUAUGUUAAAACAGAGGACCUGGGAGUUGAAACUGGUCCUUUGGUGUCUAACUCUGGCUACACAACCUCAUCAUCAGAUAAAACAGUUGACGUUUCAAAGUUGGAUGGAGAUCUUGUCCUUGAGAAUGUCACAAAUUCUGGAGAUGCCUCAGAGAAUGAUCUGGAUAUAAUCCCUCCACCAACAGACUUCAGAGAUGAACCAGAACCGGACUUGUUACCGGAAGCCAUGACGGUGGUCCCGCCACCAGCAGCCAUGACCGUGGAAGCCAUGACCGUGGUCCCACCACCGGAGACCAUGACCGUGGUCCUACCACCGGAGGCCAUGACCGUGGUCCUGCCACCAGAGACCAUAACUGUGGAGGCCAUGACCAUGAUCCCGCCACUGGAGACCAUGACCGUGGUCCCGCCACCAGCAGCCAUGACCGUGGAGGCCACGUCCGUGGUCCCGCCACCGGAGGCCACAGCCCCACCCCCACCAUCAAACAGCUUCACAAAGCAAAAACAAACUGUUGAUGUGGAGCAGAUGCGCAUGAGAGCCUCUGUGAAGAGAUCUGUUGUAGACUCUUCUGCUGCUGAGGAUUCUUCUAGCAAAGCCUCAGAAGUUGCUUCACUUUUACCUCAAAUGAAUCCCCCUACUGAGCCUUCAGAGCCCAGAAACCCACCUGCUGUGGCCCCAAAACCUAAGAAGCUACCUUCAAGCAUUAUUUUAAAGUCACCGACGACACCAACACAUGGAAACCCAGGGCAUUCGGUACCCUCCCAAGGUGACCGGAUGUUGUUGGACCCUCAGAAGGUUCACAUGGAGGCCCUCAAAAAGCUUGGACUGCUUAAAGACAACAAGGAGGAAGCAAGUCGUGCUGUAAGCCCUAAGAUUUCUCUGAAAUCUGCUUCACACAAAUGGUCACCAGCGAGCCCCUCUCCUCCAGUCAGUCCUGCUGCUCUUCUCACACCCCCUGUAACACCAUCUCUUACCCCAGUCAUUAGUCCCCUACAAGCCAUUGUACCCCAACAGUCUGUGCUGGCUCCUAUUAUGUCACCAUCAGCUUCUUCAGCAUCUCCUCCCAUUGAGGAUGUUGAUAUCCUCCCAGCACCUGCAGCUUUCAGCGAUGGAUUUGGGCUUUCAGGUGAUGAACUUCCUGCUGUCACAGAGGCCCCUUUCAGUACCCUGCCUAACACAUCGCCACCAAAGGUGAUCAAUAUGAAAUCGGCAACCUUGGAGCGAUCUGGUUUGGGUCUGAGCAGACAGAUGUUCAAUCAGAGCUUAUUGGAGAUAACUGAUGGCGAGCAAGAUCCAAAGCUCCUGCGCAACACUCGACCAAGACCUGCCUCUCUGGGGACUAGGAAAGACUUUUCUCACACUAAAGGUGAGGGUUUGGUGGCAAGCGGAACGUCAGAAUCCCAGAAGCCCCAACCUACACAGGCAUUCCACCGCAGAGAGUCUUCUAAGCUGCCUCGAUCUCAAGGCAUCAGCGUGAUGAUCUGCCCUCGCGCAGAGAAUGAAGAGGACCGGCGCCAGGCCCUGAAGAAGCUGGGACUGCUCAGAGACUAACUUCCAAAAUGUACCUUUAUAUAUUGUAAAAAGACUGAUGCAGACUAUAUCUGGGUUUAAAAUGCUGAAGGAGUGCCUUAACCACAUUCUUAUGCUUCUGUUUUCCACUGAAUACCAUGUGGUUGACUGUAUCCGUGUUUCCUUUGACCAUCGAAAUGUCAAAAUUAGUGUAUUUCACAAAACUGCAAUGAAAUUUUUUUUGCAUCACACAAGUCAUGUGAUCAACAACUGCAUGUUACUACUUGUAGAAAAGAUUAAGACAGGAAGUUGUAGGAGGAUAAUGGCGCUGCAUUUUUUUAAAUGAUUUAUUGCGUGGAAAAAGAUUAUUCACAUGUGAUUUUAAUUGCUUAUCUUAUUUAACGGAAACACCACAAUUGUGUAAUUGUUUUUUUUGACAUUCGGAAUGUCAAUAAAGUUUUACACACAUUUAUAAUGGAAACGGAGCUUGUGUUUCACUUCUCUUACAUCAGACUCAUGGUAGCUAUAAUGUCUUUGAUAUUAUUUACCUUUUAGAGUCUGUAACAACAUAUGUUUUUUUGUUUUUUGUCUGCUGACUUGUUUGACUUAAUUCCAAUGGGUGCUGCUGACUGUUUCGACCCUUCACCAUUUCAUACUUUUGCAGUUUUGGUCAUUUUGUGCCUAACGUUUUUGGGUGCUAAUAGGAGUCAUCUCCCACCAGUUUUUUCUCACAGACCAUUUGUGAAUUUGUUCUCACCUAGGGGAUGUUUCUUUACCACUGUGAUUUUCAAUGCUUCAGAAUAAGUUUUUUUAUCUAAUCCACUCGUAGUCGACUGCAUUUAAACGUGAUAAUGAGACUUUGACUAGGAGGUCUUCCAUAGUUGUUUUGGGCUAGUAAGGGGUCAUAAUCUCAUAUAUCAUUUGGCCCAAACAGGAAGCAGAAUUGCAGUCAGUUAAGUAGGAAAUUGUAGGCAAUCAUUGGAAAAUAACAGAUUAUCCGAGGUUUGAGUAUUUUAUAAAAAGUUGUUUAUGAAUAUUUGUAUAUAAGGAAGAAAUGAAUUGUCCCAUGGGCCUGAAAUGGGGAUACCAAUGGGCAAACUGACCCAGAGUCUGUUCUGUUUUUCAAAGACUUUUUCUCUAUUUAUUGUUAACCGUAUCCUGUUGACUUCCUCAAACAACUAUUUUUAUGUUUUCAUUAAAUAUAUAACUGUAUAAAGCACUUUCUACUUGUGUUGAAGCCUCUCUUUCUGUGUCUUUAAAAACAAAUACGGUACAUGAUCAAAAUCUGAAACAUCUGCCUUGUUUGGCUCAUACAUUAAAAACAAAACUCUACACUUCAGCUACAGCAAUGUGGAGUCAGUCUGGGAGCUGUAGGUAUCAAUGCUGUAGGUAUGCAAUGAAGAUGAUAUAACCUGCAUUUAAAGUGUGUCAUAAUUAUUAUUCACAAUGAUGUCAGCCUCCAUAUGUCACAUCAAAGCAGACACUGAAGCACAGAUUCAGGUUUGGUUUUCCACUUUUGUGUGUGUGUGGGGGGGUGGGUGUGGCGUGUGUGUGUGUUGGUGGAAACACAGGUGCGACCUGUUUUUCAGUCCUGAUGGAAGAUAGUUGCUAAAAUCACUUGACUGAGGAACUUGAGAUCACCUGUAAGCUUUUAAGUACAAUUAGUUUUGCUCUUUUAAUCUCUUUUCAGUUCACUGCUUGCAUUGAAAAUGGAACUAAAAAUGUGAAAUGCAUAUCAUGCAUUACUCUGCAUUAAA